CCUCUCGUUGGGUGCGUGAUUGGUUUGGACCAUGCGGAGAGGAUGGGAGGUUGCGUACAGGCUCGAGUUGGAGAAACAGGCUUCGGGAGCUGUGUGGGUGGAGGGGUUGCCUGCCUUUUCCAGAUGUGCUGGUGAAUCCGGUAAAAGCACAAUAGUCAAACAGAUGAGGAUCUUGCAUGUGAAUGGAUUUAAUGCUGAGAUAGUUUGCUAUUGUAUGCUACCACUGCUUUCACCUCCCUCUGGAGCAUCCAAGACCGAACAGGAUCGUAGGUGAUGUUAGAAGAUCUGCUUUGGUGCCAGACUGAUUCUUACUCGCAUGAUCCUGGCAAAAUUGACUGAAGAACUUGAAAUAAGGAAGGAAGGAACUCUUUGAGUAGGAACUGUUUAGGAGUAUC